AUGAAGAUUUGUAUUUUGGUCUCACUAACUGCCACAGCAAUCGCUUUUCCUUCACAGAUCAACUCCGCAAGCAGCGAAGAAUCGCUGGCAUCGCAAUACGAACGUUACAAUUUUAAUAAUUACCAGAAUGACUUGAACAACGGCCAAAUCUUCCCUAGCAAUCCUUUUGGAGGUCAGAAUGGAGGAUUCCAAGACAAUCAAAGACAAGGCAUCCGAUUUGGAAACCAGGAAGGUUAUGGUUACCCCAGAGGAUCCCAGCAGAGCGGCGGACGUCGGUUUGGUCAGCAACAGAACGGUAACAGACAGGGUUGGGGACAACAACAGCAGAAUGGAGGAAACCCAUGGUUUGGAAAUCAGCAAUUGAAUGGAAAUAACCAGCAAUUGGGACAACAACAGCAAAACGGAGGGUAUCCCCAAUUUGGGAAUCAGCAAGAUGGUGCACCUAAUCCAUUCUUUGGACAAAAUCAACAAAAUGGAGGGAACUUUAACCCUAGAGAUGGACAGGCAUUGGAGGGUGGAUUAUUCCAGGGACUGCAGAAUAGAGAUUUCCCGAUAGGACAAGGAACAGUAAGCGGUAGCUUCCAGCAAGGAAAUAAUGGACAACCGCAGCAAAAUCAGGAUCUCAAUCAGUUCCCAUUCGGCGGCCAAUCACAACAAAGCGGUUUUGCAUCGAACAAUAAGGUCUAG